AUGGCAGCACAGAUGCAAGGCCCACCUGGUCCACCUGGUCGAGGCCGUCCAGGUCGUCCUGGAUCACCUGGUCCACAAGGUCGCCCAGGUACACCCCUGAGAAAAAGGGUUACCAACCUCUUUUGCCUGCAUUCGACCCCAUAACCUUAGAACAUGAUGGUAGAAAUGAUCCUGCUAUGGGUUUUUGGUGUCCCUCUUCUAUUUUAAAAAUACAGCACUCGAUCAUCAAAUCAGAACCAUUCAAAGCUUUUUUAAAUGUUCUGAAGCGAAUCAAUUUCUGUAUAUAGUUCCAAUAUGAUAAUCGAGAACUGUAAUUUCUCCUCAGAAAUCCAUAGUAGGCGGUAAAUUGUCAUUGCACAAAAAUAUCUUUAGUUUAGCAAGUCACAAUGGUUAUCAUCGUGAUCGUUCUGUCACGAGUUGCUUGAAAUUCCACCUUCAUCCUUUGUUAGAGUCAACAUUCAUCGGCGGCGUGAUUUACAUACACGCAUGUCCGCUCGAUUAACAAACGAUCGAUCGGAGAUUAACAAGUCACGUGGCUAUGUACGUCGAUAAAGACAAUGGAAUCCUGCAUGUGUCACAGAGGGGCUGAAAGAACUAACAGAAGGUCUUCGAGGACCACCCGGAUUGCCGGGACUGGCCCGGCAGGGUCGUCCCGGUCGAACCGGAACCCAGGGCAUCCCAGGUGAUCCAGGUCCUCCAGGUUUACCUGGGGAACGUGGAUUUGUUGGAUUACCAGGACCACAAGGUCCCAUAGGUCUUCAAGGUCCAUCUGGUGAACGUGGUGAAAAAGGUGACAAAGGCCAGGAAGGUGUUGGUAUAGAAGGUCCAAUGGGUCCACGGGGAUUGCCUGGUAGUAUACACAGGAACUUUUUCGACAUUAUUGUUUGGUUCGUUUUUCUUGACGGAGGUUAUGUUAAUAGGUCCACCUGGCAAUGAUGGCGUUGGAUUGCCUGGAAGACAAGGAGAACGGGGGGAGCCAGGCAAACCA